CAAGAAACAAGAUCUGCCGUGUUUCCUAGAGAGUGGCACAGUACACUAAACUGAGUUACAUGGGAACGUUUUAGCAUAAAGGUGGAUGAAAAUCAACACAGGCCAAGAUGAAGAAGUGCAUCUGGUUCAUUGGAAGUGAACUCAGGAAACAGCGCUUUCUGCUGGCCAUGGCAGGUGCUGCACACAGGCCCAGACAGCGUGCACCAACACAUCGUUAUUAUCAGCACUGGAACUGGCGAGGGACUCCAAAUGAACCUGCCGGUUUAUACACACAACAGCUGACAAGAAGACACUGCCGUCAUUUCUCCAAGGAACUGACAGCAAGACUGUUCAAAGAUAUUUAGAGAAGAUGAUUGAAGAAUACCGACAGAUGUGAAAGUAAUCGCAGAUAACUGAAAGUGAUCGCAGGAUCAUGAGCAGAGGGCUGAUCCAACUGUCACCCAUGGCAACAAUAAUUCAAGAAUCUCAGCGUGCGGUGAAAAAACAGCAGGAUGUGCAGGCUAUUAUUGAAAGUGCAGAGGCAGGAGAAGACACACAAAUGUUGGAGCUUGCGAAAGAAGAACAGAAGGGCAUCAGAAAACUCACUGAAACACUGCAAACAAAGCUGCUUCAGAGUCUGGUGCCUAGUGACAAGCAUGAUGCUAGCGAUGUCAUUGUGGAGGUGGCUGCUGGGAGAACAACAGGAGUGAUCCAGGGGGGUUGCAUCAUGCAGCUGCCCGCAUUGCUGGUGAAAGCGUCUACAGGAAUUUCAGAUAUGAAGGAGGAAUGCACAGGGUUCAGAGGAUUCCUGAGGUCGGCCUCUCAUCCAGAGUGCAGCGUAUUAACACUGGGACUAUGAUGGUUAUUGUAUUGCCACAGCCAAUGAGUUGAAGUAAUAUUUAAUACCUAAUUCAGUGAUUUCCCACUUCAUAAUAUUUAAUGAUCAAGAUAUUAAUAACAUUCCCAAUUUUGUAUAUUCUUCAGUUUUAUAUGUGUGUGUGUGUGUGUGUGUGGAUGGAUGUAUCCUUUAAAUUAAACUGUAUUCUAAACAAUCAGCUGCAAUUCAUGCAAUGUAGCGUGGAUUUAUCAAUGUCCUAAAACUGUGCCAGUUUGUGUCCCUUCCUCUCUUUGCAUUUUUAAAUACAGUCUUGAUAAGAAUCGCAAGUGCAGUACUGUUGGGUCAGAAUUGUUACAUCACCAGUUGCUGUUUGCCAGCAGUUAGUUAAUUCCUAAUAAGUUAGUUAAGUGAUUUGCUUUGCAAUCUGCUUGCAUCAUACAGUGCUCCACUUUUAUGAGGCGCUCUUUUUACCACAGAACCAGUUAAAAGGCAAUGUGGAUGUGGCUCCCAAUUGCCCUAAAAUGCCAUUGCACUAGAACUUUCAAUCUCGUUACAAGCGGAAACACAAACAGUCCUUUUAACAGUGCUGCAGACUAUAGUGUUAUAAAGAGGGAGCAUGUUUAUAGUGGUGAAUUCUUCUGCACAUCUUUUGGUGGAAAUGUUUCAGGAAGUUGCUGUAUUCUUAGUGACUUGCUUAGCAAGAUGCACAAGGAAGCCAUAUGUUUCAUUACUUCCUUGUAGAAAAGGAAUAUACAGUGACAGUCUGUUCAUUUCCUUCUUUCUCUCUCUGCCCUCUCCUCUCCCUCUCUCUCUGUCAUGCUCUGUCUCUCCCUCCCUCUCUGUCUCGUACUCUCUCUCUCUCUCUCUGUUUUAGGUAGAUGUUACUAUAGAGCCCAAGGAUUUGAGGACUGAUACGUUCAGAUCAAAAGGAGCAGGUGGUCAAAGUGUUAACACAACAGACAGCGCCAUUCGACUGGUUCAUAUUCC